GGCAUGACAGCUGAAUUUCUCAUGCUGUAUCUCCGAACCAAAACAUCUUUCCUGCACGCAACAACGGAAAUAUCAUAGGCAGGUCGCGAUGGUAACAUGCAUACAAAAAUCAAGGCCACUUUGAGAGUUUAUACGAGUUCAGUCGGAACUGGGGAAUGCUAAAUUAUACGGUUGUCGUGGAGGGCUUAGUGCAGCAGUGAAAGCGAUUUUGAGGAUAGGAGACUUGUCAGAGGUGUAGCCUCACUGAUGUAUUGAAUUUCAGUAAGUGGAGCGGCGGAGUGAGAAAGUGAGGACAAUCUGCUGGUGCAGUGAAUUGGUUCUGAUUUUGGAAUGGCAAUCUCCCGUGAGGUGCUCGCCUGGAGCUGGAUUGCUGUGGUAUAGAGUAGCUGCGAGCUCCAGCAUGUGCUCCAGAGUGUUCAAGAGCGUGAUGCAGCAGAAUCUGUUCAAGAAUCUCUUCUGGUCAAGCAUAUGCUAAGCAUUUGACUGAUACUUCAACGUUUGAGCUUUGGAUGCAAAGAAGCAGACGACGAAGUUGUGUCGUGAAGAGCGGUUGUUGCCAACUUUUUGACCAGCAUACAAUUUCCAUGACGUGUUCUGCCAGCCCUCUUCUUGUCUGUAGUGGUCACAGUUGCCGUAAUCGAUUCCUCUCAACAUUGACAAUCAUCAAAGCUGCUGACGAAGUGGACACAAUUAAGGAGUUUCUUUCCCAAUUUUCCAAGGUUUUAGAAUUUGGACUCGGCUCAAACACAGUGCACUCUGAAUCGAAGUAGAAUAUUUCACAUUUUGCUCAUCGCUAAGGCUUCGAUAAGCUUAAAGCAGCUCAAUGCAGCGUUUCCAACGCAGAAGAGAUCACAAUGGGGUCACAAAAAUUAUGAAGAGGAACAGUUUUGAUUUCGAGUGUGCACUAUGAAGACAGGCAAUAGAGACCAAUGCUUGGAUAGCAGCGAAGUAGGCAAUCGCAUAAAUUGCUGGCUGCUUCUUCGUCGUGGGCUCGCUUUUCUGCACUGUAACAUUUGUCUUGCAAAUUUGGGGAACACAAAUUCUCGUUCCUGUGGUUCAUAAAUGGGUUGGGAGCAAGAGCAUCUGUGUUUGAAACGUUGUUUACGACCAAUUACACUCGCAGAGCCUUCUUUCAAUCGCUUCGAUCCACCAUUCGGAUCGGGAAGAAUAUCGGAGGGCAGUGUGGCCUACAUUAGCCAGUUAAGGUUUCAUUGCUGAACCGCCGAACUGGGCACAUACAUGAGCAGAUGGACAAUGUCCAUUGUCAAUCUGGACCCUCUAAUCCUCGGAGUCCUUACCUAUCUCCUCGCUCGGUGCAAGGUGGAGGGGGUAAAGCUCCAGCACCCAAUUUCGCAACCUCAAGCUUGUCUGCCGUGUCUAGCCGAACAAGUCCAUUAGGGGGUGGAUCUGGUAACAAUGCUGUAGCUUUUUGCAAGCCUUCGAAUGUUGGGGAUAGCUCCGGCGGAACAAGAAUGGGUGCAGAGGUGGGCAACAAUGCGGGACCCUCCUCAGGGAGUCAGCACCUUUCCAAUUUUCGAGCUGGACCCCGGCUGCGGGCGGAGGGGCUAAUGGUCCCUCCUGCAUCUGAUGCAGCCACUUUGCGUCGUCAAGUAGCUGCGUUGCAGAUCGAUUUAGAGGCUCACAUUGAAGGCGAGCAGCGGUUGCAAAAUAUCAAUCAACAACUUCGUGAAAGGCACCUUUCUGUGACUUUCUCUUUCUCCCUCUGGUUACGAAUCUUGCAAAUUGUACUUCAAAGCUCCUCAUUAUUGUAG